AUGGCGUCCACUGGUAACGACCGUAUGCUAUGGCUUUGUCUAGGGGUCACACUCUUCUUCGCUGCGCAACGCAUCAUCGCAGAGCUUUAUCAAGUAAAGGACCUCACUGAAAUAAGGAAGAUUGAGAAGGAGGAUCCAGUUAUUGGACAGGCAACGGAAGACGCCUUGAGGUUAGAGACACUCCAGAGGCUCGCAGGAAGCUCUAGCUUUGAUCUACGUGCCGCAGCACUGAGAAUUAUAUCAGAAAGGUCAACUAAGGGGACGACGAAAGAAUUGCUUUUGGACGAUCUUGCUGGGGAUGACCAGGAUCGCAGAGAGAAGGCUCUAAAUGCACUGAAUUUUCUUGUAACCAGCUCGGCGUUGGGUCGUUCGAGUGUUUCUAUGCGGCUGAAAGAUGUAGCCACCUUCAGCGCACUUGUCGAUUGCCUGUGCAACUUCCUCCACGAACAUACCGAAAAGACUAAUGAUAUACUAUCUCCCAUCUGCCCUCAGACUCGACCGCCUGGAGAGAACAAGGCCUUGAAAACUCUUAGCGUGAUGCUUCCUGGAAAUGUUAUAUAUGCACUAGAAGCUGGUGUUGUCAGUCGGUGGCUGACAUACUAUCCCUUUCCUUGCGUCUUACGUGACAAAUCCAAAAAGCGGAGCAUUGUAUUCAUGAUGAAAACAUGGUGGGCGGACGAUCCGGCGAUGGGGUCUAUAGUAAAUACUUUAUCCUCGGAACCAGAAGGGCUGAAACACCUGAGAAAGUUUGGAUUGAUGGGAAGUAGAAUGGAAGAGCAUACCACAAGCCUAUUUGGCGAUGAGAUUCACGAUGAUGGAGAUGGCCCCCUGAUUUACAGGGAGGAUCAUGAGGCUUAUGAUACCACAGAUUCCGGCUCAGAUGCAGAUAGUGACGUGUGGAUGGUCGACGGUGAAGCGACAGCAGGCAUUUCACCCUGGCUUAAUAGCCGCCCACAGGAAACCUCCGCUGAAGAGCAAGCACUUCGCAGACGUCGCAGAGAAGCCAUGGUUUUUAGUGAAGGUAGCCGGCCGUUGGUUGCAGACAAUAUAUUCCACCCUGUUACGUCUCCCGACUCUGACUUGCCGGAAGAGGACUGGGAGCUGGGAGACGGCGACCCAUCGUGGGAUACAGAAAAUUCCACUGAACCCGAUAUGCAAGAGCAUCCCGAAGUAGAAGCUACUCGGAGUCAGUGGCUUUUAUGGCCUUUUUGA